AAUAAAAAGAAGAGGAUUUCUUAGGAUACACACACACGUACACUAAAACAUAUUAACAAUUAUGUUAUCCUACAUUGUUAAAUAAUUUUAACAGAAUACAAAAUCGCCACGCUCUAAAUGUAAAGAAGAUAGUGGUGCCCAAGACUGCCUCCUUGUGGAACUAUUUGAUGAAGCCAGAAUCAGAUCCACCUGUGCCAUCUGGAGCUACUAAGUUUAGUUAUUCAGUCAGGGCAUCUUCAAUAUCACUCAAGCUAUGCCACUUGGACUGCGCUCUACUAGAGAUGCGCCUAUCAGGGUUGGAGAGUGAUUGUGUGUUUAGAGCCAACGAUCGUUGCAUUUUCCGCCUUUAUCUCAGCUCCCUCCACAUCGACGAUAUGUCUGAUGCCACUUUAUACCCCAAGGUACUUUAUUUGUGAUCUAUACAAAUAUGAACAAUAAUAGCAGACAUUCUUUGUGUACAAACUCGAAAUAACCCGCAGCUUUUAUAAUAAAUUAAGUCGUUUAAAAAAUGGCACAUGCGGCUGCACUUCAGGGUGCCACAUUAUAUCACUCCAGUUAAUUUUAAACUCUAACCUCGAUAUAUUAGAGUUUAUUAAGUGGAGAAAUUUAUUUGU